GAGGUGAGGAAAUUGGCGCAGUGUGAAGGCGAUGUCCCGCGCGCUCUGUAUUGUUAUCUAACGUGAUCAGGGAGCAUCUUCAAAGCUCCACAGAUAAAGAGCCACAACAGGCUGAAGAGACUCCUGCCUCCACUGCGACAGAUCACCGAUAAACGAGACAAGCAGGCUCAGCCUCUUAUCUGCUCUGUCAUAGAACUAAACGAUCAGUUUAGAGGCAUUGUUCCUGAGCCGUUGCACAAGGAGAUCAAGCAGGUCGCGAGGAGAAAUUUGUGUCUACUUGUGUGGCACCUGUAAGACCUGACGUGAUGCUGUCAGUCAGAUCACUACACGAGAGGACUGAGUACAUGUGCGCCAUCAGGGACUGUGGGCCCUUUGAAAAUAUCACAUCGUGAUUUUCUAGAAACAUUCUAACUUUUCACACCCAAACCACGGCCGUGCCCCUGACUGGACCAUUCACAGGAGAUGUUUCUAUUUUUCUCAGUGAGACUGUGGUGAUUUCACCAACAAUCGCUGGUUAAUUGGAGAUCUAUGGGCUGAUAUUGGAGCCUUUGGUAUGUGAAGCAGCCCAUUGAAGGAUUAGUUGAUGUUUCAGUGGGCGGCCUGUUUGGCUUCCUCACAGCUUGUUUUGGUAUAUUAACAUGUGAACGGGUGACAAUCGGCCGUAAUUGUGUUGCUACUGUAAAACCUUUGAUGUGUGGUGUUUGAAGCGCUUGCGCCAAACGCUGGCGCCAGGGCUCACCGGGGGAUCUAAGUCAACACCAAACCCACCAGGUCUGCUCUGUUUCUGCGUUUCAAUGGAAGUUUCAAAGUUUAAGGGUAUGGGAGAGUAUACAGGCGAGAUGGAAAAACAUGAGACUGGAUGCGAAAAUACAAUUUAUAAAAUAUAUAAAAGCCUAUAUAAAAAAGUAGAAAUUCUAUAUUAAAUAGAAAGCUAGUUUAAGUCAGAAUGAUGCAUGACCUUGUUUACCCAACCAAAUAGCUAAACAUAAAACAUGUCAGAGCUAAAAGUGAGGACUCUAGAUGCAUUCCCUGAAGUAGACUGUUAAAUUAAUGACGAAAUAAAGAAAUACCUGGUGCAAAACAAUGGUCUUUGAAUCUCAGACAAAGUAUGAAUAUAAGAAUAAAACAUUUAUUUUAAUCAGUCUGAUUAAGGUCAGAAAUUCUCCAAAUAAGAGUGAGUCUGUCUCUGAAGACAGAACCACAGACAGAACAGUCAAAAAGUUACGACUAAAUCAAAUGACAGGGAAGAAUGUGUGUUAAAAGCAUGAGAUUUGAAGUCAGAAAUGCUGAGUUUCUCUCACGCUGUAUCACAGACAGUGAAGUCAUAUUCUUGAUGAAUGUAAAUAAAGUUGCUGCGGUUCAGUUUUCUCACAUGUUUUGUUCUCCCCUUCAGAGGGAGGAGGUUACAUGUCUGUUACAGACUUCUUGUCUACUCCUCCCUGGUUGAAAGUCAAGCAAAGCCCUAUAUCCAAGACCAGAAGUUACAUAAGUUAUCUGUGAUAAGAAAUGACAUUUGAGACAGACUUAAUCAAAGAGGUCAGGUCUAAUGAUGUCUAUACCCACUUAUAUAACACGUAAAUAAAUGUAACUUUAUUAUUAUUUUACUAAAGAAUGGAGACCAAGAAAGAAAGAAAACGACAUUCAGAUCAUUGUCUUCUGAAAAAGUCUUAACUUCAGCAUUUUGCUUCUGUGACUUAUUUGGUAAGGAAACUGUUGCAUCAACAUAAAGCUGAAGACUUAGGCUACACAAUAGUGGGGUGGCUAUGCAAAAGUGAAGUGAAAUAUACUGCUGAAAGUUUGAAAAUGGAAAGUGCAAGGGUUAGGUUUCACAUCAUUAUUUUCAAGUGGUAUCUUCAUACUAUGUGAUCCGUUUUGCAGACCUUCAUCAAGCCACAUAUUUUAUAUUAACCCUCCCUGUGGUCCUCAGAGGUUUUGAACCCAUACUGGAUUAAUGCCACAGAUUUCAGGUUAGACAUGGACUGAAUAAAUCAUAUUGUUUUUUAAAUAGCAAACUUAUCUGUGACAGCCCUUACAACGUUGUCACCUUCCCCUCUGGGCUACUGUAUGCAGCAGGAUGAAAGUCUGCAGGAGCUGCAGCUGUGUCUGCAGCCACAGUUUCUGUCGAGGCGGACAAAUGUAUGAGCUCAGGACAGUUCUCACAGACUCAGUGGCGCCAGGUUUUCACACAUUCACAGGAUAUGUAAAGACUUCAAUAACGAGCCAUUAACCCCUAAUCAUUGGGAUCGAUCAGGCGUUUACAAGGGCCUUUACAUAUGCAAAUUACACCCUGGGCCGGGGCCUUAUAAAGCUCGACCCUGCUCUGAGUCAAACACACACACUCCCUCUGACCCUCGUUGGAUUUACGGAUCACUGAGCAGCACUGCCAACAUGGUCAAGUACUUUUCUGUGGAGUGGCUGGCCCAGAGCCAACACAACACCACACCCAUUGAGGAGCACGAAUCUAGCAUGGAACCGACGCCGACCUGCAAACCUCACAUCCCCUGUGUGGUCCAGCCUCGCCCGCCGACGCUCGGAAAGAGUCACCUCCAACCAAAACCUAAAGGCACAAGGACGGCUGUAGUCCAGCGGAGCGACGGGCAGCAGGACCCCAACCUGUUGAGCUCACCUACACACACUUCAAGCUGCGCCUCUCCAAUUUCUGAAGCGAGCGGUUACUCAUCUGGGUACGAGAGCGAGCCAGCAUCCUCUGAGUGUCUCUCUGUUGACGAGCGCACAGAGGUGGAUAGCUACGGACCACAGCGCCGCGUGCGCUCAAAGUUCAGCCCCGAGCAAAUCAGCAAACUGGAGAAAAUCUUCGCCAAGCACAAGUACCUGGAGACAAGUGAAAGGAUGAAAACGGCGCAUAAGCUGAACCUCACAGAGACUCAGGUGAGAACCUGGUUCCAGAACAGGAGGAUGAAGCUGAAACGGGAGGCCCCAGACUACCUUGCCCUACAGUUUCACCGUGUGUAUCAGCCUCUGGCCCCGGCUCCUUACCACGGCAUGGUCGGAAAGCGACCUCACUACCCCGCAACCGGCCCGGCCUUCUACCCGCUCCCUGUCCCACAGUUGGUCGUCCAGCCUCAGAUGCCCCCUCCACACCAACCUCAUCACGUUUUCCACAGCCAGCAUUUCUACUGAACGAGUGAAAAAACAAACUAAAAGACUGUUCCCCGUAAAACACUUAAAAUACUUAGAGUGCAAUCUUGAAAAUACUUGAAGUGUGAUUUUUAUUUGUAUGUGAUGUAAAAAUUGUAAAUAUGUGAUCGAGAGUAUAUUUAUCACUGAAUAAAAUCUAUCAUAACGAA